CGGACUAGUAGUGUAUGUAUAUGGUAAUGGUAACACUAAAGUAAGCAAAAAAAGGCCAUAAAAUAAUGACAAAAAAGGAACCGUGUAUUCCAGAACAAUCUAUGCUGUGACUGCUUUGUAAAAAAAGCACAAUCCAAUACAAUAAACACACGCAAAACAAAACAUAAUAAAAAACAAAAGUGACCAAAACACCAAAUCCAGCUACAAAAACAACAACACCUACUCAAACUUCAAUUCUUUUCUUUAUCCAACACCAACUACUUCAUCGCUAAGAAACUCUCACACACAAAAAUACUAAUCAUUAAAUAAAUAAAACAAAAAAAAAAAAAAACAUUAAUUGCUUUGGUUCUGUUGUCUGUCAUAAAAUCUUGAUUUUCUCUUUCAACCAAUUCAUCAAAACAAGAUCAACCCAUUUCAUCAUUCAUUUUCAAACAUUCAAAUCCAUCAUCAAGUUAGAAUCUUUUCCUUUCUUUCUCAUCUUGGUCCCUCUCAGAUUUUUCAAUGGCUUGUCCUUCAAAUUCAAUCACCUACAAUGGCACCCUUUGUGCUUGUUUACCAGGACAUGUUCUUGAUGUUGUGUCAAAGAGUUGCAAACUCUUUAAAGCUGACUCAACUAUUACCACAGAUACUGGUGUUGAUUUCUAUGCUCUUAAGCUGCCAGAGACACUUCCUGGAUUUGAUUCUCUUAAGAAGUUUACACAGUCACAGGCUGUGUUCUUGGAGGCUACACUUGUUAUGCUUCUCUCUUGGCUUAUGUUUUGCUUAUUUCUUAGGUUUAUGAGCCUUGGUGAUGGUCGUGGUGUGUGGUUUAAACUUAGGUGGUUUGUUAGUCGAUUGGAUAUUUGUUUUGCUACUAGACAUUGGCUGGACGAUAAGAAAGUAGUAACAAAACGCAAAACUGAACUUGGUGGAGCUUUCUCCAUAGCAAGUUGGAUACUUUUCAUUGGUUUAUUUGCUGCGUUGCUAUACCAGAUCAUAUCAAAGAGAUCAAUUGAGGUUCAUAAUAUAAGAGCAACAAAUGCACCAGAAUUAACCUCAUUUCUAAAUGACAUGGAGUUCAAUAUAACAACUAUAUCUAGUAUGAGCUGUGCAAAUCUACGUGAUCUCGGUAACUUAGUUUCUGGAAAUCCGGGAUUUAUUGACGAAAGAGUUGUUUCUCUGUCAACUUUAGCAAACUACUCAUGUCACAACUCAAGCAAGGGACCAACAAUAGCACUCAAGUGUAAAGGUUGCAAGCUCAUCUCCGAUAACAUGUACAUUUCGUGGCAAUUUGUUGAUCUUCCAAAUAGUCCUGCUACUGCUGUUGGUUAUGAAUUCAAUCUCGCUUCAACGGAUAGUGCUAAGAAACACAUGAGUUUUGUUAAUGGAACGCUAAAGAAUGGAAGCACUUUUGAUGAUAGACCGGUUACAUUCAGAGGGAGGCAAUCAACUAUUUUGAAGUUCAAUCUGUUUCCAAAAAUAUACCGUAAUUUACACGAUCUAAAGCUCAUUCAGCCUUUAUUUCACGAGUUCCUCCCUGGUUCAGUUUUUCGUGAUACAAAUCAACUUCGAACUUCCCUUGAAAAUUCUGUUGAAGGACUAGUCAACACCACAUUGUAUAUCAAUUUUCUCUCUGCUUAUGUUGUGGAGGUUGAUAAAGAGAGUAUUUUGGGUCCUGUGAGCUUCCUUGCAGACCUUGGUGGCCUGUACUGCAUUAGCAUAGGCAUCUUUUUCUAUCUAUUGAUACAGUGUGAAUACAGGGUAAAGAAGCUCAGAAAUGAGGAUAGUGUUUUGCGGUCAAUUAAAAACCGGUGUAAAGCUCAAGAUAAUUGGGAUAAACUUAGGAAAUAUGUAAAGUUUACCUAUGGCGUUCCUACAAUGGAUGAUGACAACUAUGAUGAAUCUAAAAAGGGAGCUUGUUGUGAUGGGUUUAUGUUGUAUUCAAGACAAAGCAAUGGAUCAUCACAUAAGCGAAGGCAGCAAAGCAAAACAAGUUCUAUAAAUUUGUACGAGAAACCGAGUUUACCUGCUAACAAGUCAUUGAUCAGCAAACCGCUUGGAUCUACGAAUGAUUUGACACUGCAUUAUGAAAAUACGGCAAAGCAGCAUAGUGUUGGUUCAAGCAGAGAUUUCCCACCAUGUCAACCUCAAGAAUCGUCUAUCACUGAUGAUAACUUUAUUCCUCCUCCACCUUCACUAGAAUGCAAGAGUGGUUCUGAAAUGGACAUGUCCGAUGUUCAGAAGAAUCUCAAAAAUCUGUAUGAGUAUAAUGGCAUGUUAAGGGAAAGAUUAUUAGCUGCGCAGUCUCUGCUCCACUCCUCCUCAUCUAACCACUCUUCCCAAAUAAAGAGCAACGAAACUUAGCAUAGGUGUCUUUGCAUCAACCGAUCAUCAGACCAUUCCAUGAAUUUUACAAGCAUGAUUCAACAGUGGAAGUUGAUUCUUGAUUGAAACCUGUCCAAGAAGAGUUAAUGGUUGUAAAAUCUUUAAGUGGGAGAAUGUGCUGAAUAGAUCUCUUCAAAACCAUAGUAUUCCUAGCCGAAUAUUCCUGCAUUGAAGCUGCUGUGUCUGGACAAAACAUGCCGCCGAUCCAUAUUUGAUUUUGUCCGAUAUUCUUUGAUGAUUAUUGUUGUCAUCGUCUAAUAUUCUUUACCACUCUUCUGAAACUGAUUUUCCAUGUUCAUAUAUGUUUCGUCAAACCUUGUAUAUAGCCAGUGCAGUAUUUUGUGUAAAGGAGAGUGGAUUGUGAGUAAUAGUUCUUCAGAAUGUAACAUAAUUUCCCAUUUUUAUUCUUUAUGGAUUUUUUAUGUUAUGAUAUGCUGAGUGACUUUUUAUUUUCA